UGUUCCAGCCGGUCACACUAGCGAACUGACAUAACAUAGUAUUAUCGAUAAUAAUAAUAAACCGAAAGAUGAACAAAUGCCUUAGGCACCAGCCCCGGAUACUGCUCUCCCAGCUCGGCCUCCCGCGGUUCUAUGCCGCCGUCCAGGCGGAGCCACCACAGAAGAAGCCCGCUCCCAGGGUGGGACUGGCCCACAGGCCCGAUCCCAAGUCGGUGAAGUGCGACUACAUUGGGCCGCCGGACGCGGAGUCCAACCUGCGGCCAUAUGUGCGGCACUACGACGACGAGGAGACGCGGCUGGCGAGGAGCCUGCGGCUCAAGCGGAUCGAGGUGGAGGCCUGGAACACGGACUUCUGGACGCGGCACAACAGGCGCUUCUACGAGGAGAAGGAGGACUUCAUGCGGCUGCACAGGGAGAGCGGGAGCAGCGAGGUCUCCGCGGACCAGAUGAGCCACUUCUACAAGGCGUUCCUCGACAAGAACUGGCGCAUCCACAUGAUGUACAAUAUCUCGUGGUACCUCAAGAACCUCGACAUCCUCACCCUGGCCGCCGGAGUCCAGCUGCAGCGGCUCCUCGCGCUGGCCAAGCGGCGGAGGUCCACGUAGAUGCAAAAUUCCUAGUCAAAUCCCUUUACUUUGCCAUGACUCGAAAUAAAAGAUCGUGUGUGUAAAAUGUGGUGGCAUAAAAUUUACUUAACUAGUAAGGGGAUGAAAAAUACACGUUGCUCGGAGUUGGUUAAUGUACUUAAAGGUAUUGCAAAACUAUUUAAAAAAAAUAAAAUAAGAGUAGGUGUUUGUAUCCU